AUGACAAUUGCUCGUGGUAGGAAGAGUGAUACUCUCUACAAGACAGAAGAAACUUGUCAUUUGAUUGCAGUUGCAAUGAAUGGAAAUCCUAACCUAUGGCACCAAAGGUUAGGUCAUAUGAGUCAGAAAGGUAUGAGGAUCAUGCACUCAAAGGGGAAACUACCAAGCCUUCGGUCAUUAGAAUUUGACAUGUGUGAAGACUGUAUACUUGGAAAGCAGAAACGAGUAAGCUUUCAGAGAAGUGGAAGAAUCCCAAAGAAAGAGAGACUUGAGCUUGUUCACUCUGAUGUUUGGGGUCCAACAACAGUCUCAUCCAUUGGUGGUAAGCGAUACUUUGUGACUUUUAUUGACGACCACUCUAGGAAGGUAUAG